GAAAAAUCUCCUUCUCUCUCUCUCUCUCUCUCUCUCUUCAGCACCUUCACCUUCACCUUCAUCUUCGUCUUCAACGUCGCUUCCGAUUCCCUGCGCGUUCCAGGCACUUUCCUCGAUUCGGAAGCCUUACGUCGAUCACACGGUCGGUAUCUCGAACCGAAUUCGAUCAGUCGGGGCUAGGGUUCUCGAUCAUCGGCCGCCGCGCGCGUGGCGAUUGCCAAGCUCGGAUUUUUCGGGGAGGGAGAGGAGGAGGAGGAUGACGACGACGACGGGGGAAGUGCAGCUCGAGCCUCCCGGAGUGCAGCACGCGAGCGACACCGAUCCUCUGCUGAAGGGCCAGGAUGAGUCGGCCCCCGGGAGCCCGAGCGAGAUUAGGGACGAUCGGGACCGUGUCGUGUUCGGCGGCGGCGGCGGCGAGGGCGAGGACGAGGACCUCGAGGCCGGGUCGGUCCCGUGUUGCCGCAUUUGUCUGGAGAGCGAGUGUGAACCAGGGGAUGAAUUAAUCUCUCCUUGCAUGUGCAAAGGCACUCAGCAGUUUGUCCAUCGUUGUUGUCUUGAUCAUUGGCGCUCAGUUAAGGAAGGGUUUGCCUUUUCACAUUGCACGACUUGCAAAGCGCAAUUUCACCUUCAAGUUGCGUUGUUUGAGGACAAUACCUGGCGAAAAGUUAAAUUCAGACUCUUUGUGGCUAGAGAUGUCUUCCUUGUUUUCUUGGCAGUGCAAACUGUAAUUUCUGUGAUUGGUGGCUUUGCCUACAUAAUGGACAAAGAUGGGUCUUUUAGGAACUCUUUUAGUGAUGGGUGGGAUCGCAUACUGUCCAAGCAUCCCAUUCCAUUCUACUACUGUAUAGGAGUACUGGCAUUUUUCGUGCUGCUUGGGUUUUUUGGAAUUAUAUUGCAUUGCUCCUCCCUAAAUGGCAAUGAUCCAAGGAUGGCAGGGUGCCAGAACUGCUGCUAUGGGUGGGGCAUCUUGGACUGCUUUCCAGCAUCCAUGGAAGCUUGCUUUGCUCUUGUUAUUGUAUUUGUUGUCAUCUUUGCGAUCCUUGGCAUUGCCUAUGGUUUCCUGGCGGCGACCAUGGCGAUCCAAAGGAUCUGGCAGAGACAUUACCAUAUACUUACAAAGAGGGAGCUCACUAAGGAGUACAUAGUGGAAGAUCUCCGAGGCUGUUACUACCCACCGAAGUUGGAUGCAGAACAUGAAGAACGGCUUCGAAUACUAAAGCUCUUGUAAAAUUUUUCCAAAUAUGACUUGCAAAUAAGCAUGCGGAGGGAACUCUAUAUAAUAUAAUCCCUUUCUAAUCUACUGUCACACCACCAACAUUGUCCUAUCGUUUUCAUUUGACAAAUGUUCCCUUAUCGAGGAAGCAUCAUCAGAAGAGCUCUACUCAACCUUUUUCUGUAAUUGAUCGAUGAAUCUUUUCUGUUACCACUAUCGCGAGAUUUCACUCUAUUGAAAUGCCGCAUUUUGUGCUGGGUUUAA